AUGGGAGCUGGGCUUCGAGCUCCCCUCAAGUACAAAAUCAGGCCCAAGGAGGAGGAGCAGAAUUUAGAGGAAGUGUUUGACCUUGUGUUUUGUACCAUUUUUACCCGUCCUCUCAUCUUACUGACUAUUGGCGAGUCAGAAAUGCCCAGUGUUUUGAACCAGUUAUUGCCAAUGAUCAAGUCUUACAGUGAGAGGACGAAAGAUGAUUAUACCUGUGAGGACUUCCUUGUCUUGCUGGUAUACAUGUAUUCUGUGGUUGGAGAAAUCAGAAGUGGAAAAGAGCUGGACGCAGCUGAAGAAGAGGUGAAAAAGGCCCUAGUCAAGGUCAUUUGUGAUGAGCCAGAGCCAUCUCCUGUGUUGCAGAAAAUAGUAGGCUGUGACUCGUCACUGAACCUGACAUCUCAGAAAGCGACAGAUGCGGUGGACGAUAUCUUUCGGUCCCUCAGGGAUAUUGCAAGAGCUCGAAUGCAUAUGAAACAGUUUAAUUCCAUACAUAAUCCAGGCAACAACACCCACCAGGCUUCUUACAAACCGCUGCUGAAACAGGUGGUGGAAGAGAUCUGUAAUGCUGAUCGACCUGAUCCUGUUGAUAUUGAGCACAUGUCAUCAGGCCUCACCGAUCUCCUUAAAACUGGAUUCAGCAUGUUCAUGAAGGUGAAUCGCCCUCAUCCUGGUGAUCAUCCUCUUCUGAUUAUAUUUAUGGUUGGUGGAGUGACAGUCUCCGAGGUCAAAAUGGUGAAGGAUCUGGUAGCAACACGCAAACCUGGUACCCAGGUAAUGGUGCUCUCCUCCGCCCUCCUGACACCAUGUAGUGCUAUAGAGUUGUUGUUUGCCACAGACCGUCUCCAGUCUCACGCCGAUAUCUGA